AUGCCGGCAGCUGGUGAGAUGCGCGCCGCUGGCUGUGCUCAGUGCAGCGGGCAGCCGCGCAUGGCCCUGGGCGCGGCCGCCGCCGCGGCGCCGCGGCUGGCGCCGAGGCCGUGGGGCCGCCGGGCUGGCGCCUCCUCCAUGGCCGCGCUGGCGCCGGCAGCCGGCUCGGCGGCGGCGCGGGCGUGGCCUCGGCUGGACGGGCGCGCAGCCGUGGUCUCGCUCGCGGCCCUGGCGGCGCGGCGGGCAAGCAGGCGCGCCCGUGCUGCUCUCGGGCCGCACCACGCUGCCCAGGCGUGCCGCGAGAGGCGACUGGCGCAGCUGCGGCGCUGCGCGGGAGGCGGCACGACCACUCUCGCGGACGCACCCGCCGAGGGAGUCAGGUACACGGGACAUGGCUUGCCAUGGCGAGUGUUGGAUGCGCGCACGGCCUCGCCCCCGCAUUGGCGGGUGCGCGUGUUGAUUCGACUGGUCACGUCCGCAGCCUAA